GACGAUAUAGAAAGCAGCGCAAAAUGUACGCGCCGAGAAAGAAAGUCUUUUGGUUUGCAAUCACCACUAGAAUCGCGAUAUUAAUGUUACAAGUAAUUUUUAACGUAUCAAUCCCCGAUCAUGACGCGGAUGCUUUCAAAAGACCUUUCGAUCCCGCGGAGAAAGUUUCUCUCUGGGACCGAAUAAUUAAUUUCCUGUUCAAUGGUCUUACACAUUGGGAUGGAGAAUACUUUUUACAUAUCGCAAGAUAUGGUUACACGUAUGAGAAUACUCUCGCUUUCUAUCCGUUGUAUCCAGCUAUGAUUCGCAUCAUCGCCAUUAUUUUGACAAAAAUAUUUCCCUUCUUCAACAUCCAGAGUACGAUGGUCCUUGCUGCGAUUUUGAUAAAUUUCGUUUGUUUUGUAAAAUCGGCCAUCAUCCUCUACGAUCUCACCGAGCGUGUAUUUCCAAGUACUGCAACGGCGUAUAAAGCGGCAAUACUUUACUGUAUAAAUCCGGCUAGCAUCUUUUUCUCGGCUCUAUAUUCAGAAUCCAUGUUUGCGUAUUUGACAUUUUACACUAUGCUCGCAAGUGUCAAGGGUAUGUCUACUGUCUGUCUUCCAUUGGCUCUGUCUACUUUGGCGAGAUCAAAUGGUAUCGUCAACAUUGGCUUCCCUACAUAUUUCAGGCUCAAGACUUUGUGCAAUUCGGAAGGAACUGGGAAAUGGCAACGAAAGUACAACGUACUGUCAAUCUUGUGGCAUAUCUUGAAGCUAAUCAAAUUGAAAAACUGUUUCACCAUAUUGAGCACAUUGAUUAUAUCGCUAUCUCCAUUUGCCCUUUUACAAAUAUACAACUAUAUGAAAUUUUGCACUUCUACAUUCGACAAGUCACUAUUGCCAAUUCAUAUUUUACAAUACGCCGUAAGAAAUGAUCUGGUUCUACCGGGUAGAACAGAUUCAAUGUGGUGUAACGCUAGUUUGCCUUUAGCAUAUUCAUAUGUGCAAGGGACAUAUUGGAAUGUAGGAUUCUUAACAUAUUAUCGAUUUAAACAGAUACCAAAUUUUAUUUUAGCUCUCCCGAUGUUGUACAUUAUGUCGCAAUGUAUAAAAGAAUUUCUUUGUGAAUAUAGGGAUGAAUUGUACUUGUUAGGCUUCUUUCACAGCAAGGUGAAAGACAAAAGUACUAUUGAAGUAAAGAAAUAUCCAUUGAAUGUGUUUGCCUUUGUGGUACAUGGAUUAUUUUUAACAAUGUCUUGCUUAUUCUUUGUACAUAUCCAAGUCACCACGCGUUUAUUAGCCUCUGCAACUCCCUUGCCAUAUUGGUAUUGUGCAUCGAUCAUGUCUCACAAAUGCAUCGACCGUAUCAAUUUACAAUACGAGAGUAACGAAAAUAUGUGCUCCAAGUGGAAAGUAUUUUUCUUAUCUCAAAAACGAUAUACACUGCAAGAUAAAUUUGUAUUGUUAUACUUUAUAGGAUAUACAAUUGUGGGGUGUUUAAUGUUUUCAAAUUUCUUGCCAUGGACUUGAUCGAUAAAGCUCUUGUGUGAAGAAUGAAUAUCUCGCGCGGAAAAGGUAGCACAAGAUUCAUUUUGUCUGAAUUUACCUGUAGAUAAUAUAUCAAUUGUAUGUAUGUAAUUUACCUUCCAAUGACUGUACGUUCCAUUUAUAUACAAUCGACAGAUUGCUU